CAGACUCAUAGCAGUAGAUGCUUCGUACUACGGUUUUCAAGCUCAGAGCAUCAUAUUCUCAUCCAAAUCAAUUAAAAAAACCCUAGAAAUUGAAGUCCAAAACAGAAUUCAACAGAAGUUUUUCGAUGAAAAGCCAACUCUAGAAGCAGAUGUUACCCAAAUUCUAGAGGGAAAAAUCUCGAUGCAGAACUAUUACCAAACACCUGUUGAAAACAUGGAUCGGAACCUAUACCCAUCCGAUUUAAACCAAGGGAUCCGUUUUUCUGUUCAAACAUCUGAAUUCGGUAACAACUCUUCUUCUACGGCAAGCUUCUCCUCAAAUGGCAGCUCUAUUUCACAACAAGAUUCUCACUCCUACAUUCCAGACACAUACCAUUCCCCUGACUAUACUUACACCUCACAUGUAAGUAGGGUUGGUUUCACAGAUACCAACACAGAUGAUCUAGAGUACAGACUAAGAGAACUAGAAACCGCCAUGCUUGGAACCGAUCAAGAUUUCUUGGAAUCUUACAAUGGUUCAUCUUCUUGGGGUGAAACCAAUCAAACAAUUUCAGACACCAUGUCAGAGAUGAUAUCAAGAGGAAACUUCAAAGAAUUGCUCCUCGCGUGUGCCAAAUCAGUUGCAGAAAACGAUUCAAUCACCGCCAACUGGCUAAUGUCUGUGUUACGCCCUAUGGUGUCGGUUUCCGGCGAGCCAGCUCAUCGUUUAGGAGCUUACAUGCUUGAAGGGCUAGUUGCAAGACUAUCUUCUUCAGGCAGCUCAAUCUACAAAACCCUAAAUUGCAAAGAACCAACAGGAAACGAACUCUUUUCCUACAUGCGUGUACUCUAUGAAGCAUGUCCUUACUUCAAAUUCGGUUACCUAUCCGCCAAUGGCGCGAUAGCAGAAGCCAUGAAAAACGAAAACAAAAUCCACAUAAUCGAUUUCCAAAUCGCUCAGGGUUCCCAAUGGGUAACCCUAAUCCAAGCUCUCGCCUCCCGCCCCGGUGGGCCCCCCACCCUUCGCAUCACCGGCGUCGAUGACUCCACAAACGCGUACGCGAGAGGCGGUGGUGUCAACAUCAUCGGUCAACGGUUAGCAAAUCUAGCGGAAUCAUGUAACAUCCCGUUCCAAUUCCACGGAAUCCCGGUUUCCGGUUCCGAGGUCGAGGCUUCACAUCUCGGAAUCGUCCCGGGGGAAUCGUUAGCGGUUAAUUUCGCGUUUAUGCUUCAUCACAUGCCGGACGAAAGCGUGGACCCUUUAAAUCAUAGGGACCGAUUGUUGCGUCUCAUAAAAGGGUUGUCUCCGAAAGUCGUGACACUUGUCGAACAGGAAUCGAACGUGAAUACCGCUCCGUUUUUUCAUCGGUUUCAAGAGACUUUAAAUUACUACACGGCUAUUUUCGAGUCGAUCGAUGUGACCUUACCACGGGAUCACCUACAGAGGAUUAAUGUUGAACAACAUUGUCUUGCGCGUGAUAUUGUGAAUAUAAUCGCGUGUGAGGGUGCGGAGAGAGUGGAGAGACAUGAACUUCUUGGGAAAUGGAAAUCAAGGUUUACAAUGGCGGGAUUUAAACCGUAUCCUUUGAGCACGCUUGUGAAUUCGACUAUUAAGGCUUUGCUUGAAAGCUAUUCGCAUAAAUAUAGACUUGAAGAACGUGAUGGGGCUUUGUUUCUUGGUUGGUCGAAUCGAGAUUUGGUGGCUUCAUGUGCCUGGAAAUGAUAAUGAACCUGAAUGGAAUCGGGUGAAGUUUGUAAUAAGUUUUGAAUGUUAACCCUUGGAAUAUCUUUUCUUCUUGUUAAAUAUGUAUCAUAUGUAAAAUUCGUGGUAAUAAAUGUUUCAAAUUUUAGGUACAUUAAAUGGUAAA